CUUGUUUAUUCGGUUCACCACCUUUGGUUGCUCUAACAAACAACUCUUUUGUCUUUGCUUUUUCUAUUUUCUUUUCCAGCCAUCGUUAUGGCCGACGGCCCACAAACCCCUGCAAGUAGAGCUUCUGCAACCCUCUCUCCAGGCUUGUGGUAUAGAUGGUCAAGGGUUGCUAUGGUGGGGUUACUGCUUAUGCUCCAACUCUACUUUGUUGCUAGCCAUAGAAAUGUUCAUGUUCCCCAGCCCUCGGCCUCUCCUCCUCUGAGACACAAGCAUUCCCCACAGGCUGCUAUUAAACCUUUGAUCGAUGAAUUUCUGGAUGAGAACUCCCCCCUUCGGCAUUUGUUCUUUCCAGAUAUCAAAAGUGCUAUACAUCCCGCAAAUGGUAGCCACUACUACCGUCCAGGCCACAUUUGGUUGGAUACUCAAGGGAAUCCCAUUCAAGCUCAUGGAGGUGGUGUGUUGUAUGAUGAAACAUCGCAUACGUACUAUUGGUAUGGAGAAUACAGACAAGUGGGUGUUAUAGGAGUUGGUUGCUAUUCUUCCAAGGACUUAUGGACAUGGCAAAACCAAGGUAUUGUGUUGUCUGCACAACAGAUAAAUAAUGAAACCCACAAAUCCAACAUGUUGGAACGCCCAAAAGUCAUUUACAAUGACAAGACAGGAAAGUAUGUAAUGUGGAUGCAUGUUGACGAUGUCCACUACAGGAAAGCUGCUGUUGGCAUUGCUAUCAGCGAUCGCCCAACAGGUCCUUUUCAGUAUCUCGGUAGUCGAAGGCCUCAUGGAUUCGAUAGUAGGGACAUGACCAUCUUCAAGGACGACAAUGGUGUAGCAUAUAUCAUUUAUUCAUCUAAAAUGAAUACAGAACUUCACAUUGGACCUUUAACCGAAGAUUAUCUAGACGUGCAGCCUAAUAUGCGAAGGAUUCUAGUUGGACAACGCCGGGAAGCCCCUGCUGUUUUCAAGUACCAGGGGACGUACUACAUGAUAACAUCGGCUUGCACUGGAUGGGCACCGAAUGAAGCAAAGGUAGAUGCAGCCGAGUCGAUCAUGGGACCGUGGGAGACGAUUGGUGACCCGUGCAUCGGAGGGAAGGAAAUGUUUCGACUUACAACAUUUUUGUCACAGAGUACAUUUGUGCUUCCACUGCUAGGCCUUCCAGGUUCAUAUAUUUUUAUGGCAGAUCGAUGGAAUCCGGCUGAAUUAAACGAUUCGAGGUAUGUAUGGUUACCUUUAGCGAUCGGUGGUCGGUCUCUUGAAUCGAAUAGUUCUGGAUCUCAAUCACCAUGGCCAAGAGUGUCAAUACAUUGGCAUAAGAAGUGGAGACUUCCCUUGAGUUGGAGGCUAUAGAAAUCAAUAUGAUUGCUUCA